UUCCCCCUGCAGGAUCCAGAUGUGCGGGCUCACCUGGCUAGGCUGUGAGGCCCUGGCCUCAGCACUGCGCUGCUGCCCCAGCCUGAGGCAGCUGGACCUCAGUGACAGCUCCCUGGGGGAGGAAGGCUCAAAGUGGCUUUGUAGGGGCCUGAGGCAGCCCAGUUGUCAGCUGCAGAGAUUCAGGAGCUGUGGCUCCCUAUUGCCUCCAGGAUGAAGCACAGGAUGAAGCCAGUGGAGAUGGUGGUGAGCAUUAGAACCUGGGAGGCACAGACCUAGAACACCUCUAUGCACAGCCCAGCUCCAAGGUGGAGGAGCCUGGCCCCACAGAAGAGAUGGGAGGAGCCACAUAGCCCUGCUUCUUAGCAGAGAAGCCAUGGACAUUGCUCUCGUGAUACGCUCCUUGGAGAAGGAGCUCUUCUGCCCCGUCUGCUCUAACUUCUUCCAGGACCCUGUCACCGGCCCCUGCGGCAACACCUGGUGCCGGGCCUGCUUCCCUGGGGGAGCCCCCGAAGAGCUCCGGACCAGCCUGUGCCUGGACAGAGUCGGGGCACUGCUGAAGCGGCUGCAGCACCUCCAGCCCAGCGCACUCCCCCAGGACCACUGCGCCCAGCACUCCGAGCCCUUCACCCUCUUCUGCUGCCAGCACCGAGAGCCCGCGUGCGAAGUGUGCAAACACUCCUUGGAACACGUGGAGCACCACAUGGUCCCCUUGGCCGCCUGGGCCCCCGGAAAGUGUCGCUCCCGAAGCGGCUCCCAGCGCCAGGCCCAGGCCUGAAGGAAGCAUGGAUGGAUGGAUGGACAGCGCCCUGUAUUUGAC